AUGAUCGAUGUAGCGCUCACAGAGAACUUGCAGAGGUUAAACAAUGGAGACAAGCUGAAGGGAAGUACUCCAAACGGCGGGAUCACCUGUGCUAUCAUCGAGCACCUUGUCUCCUACAAGCAAUGGGCCAACACCAACGCUCACCGGAGCCAAGACUGCAAGCUACGGAUGGGUGGACUCGUCAUGCCACUCUUGCACUCGGUCGGAUUCACUCCCGACGCGACUGAGGAGGUAGCAGAGCCCGAGACGGUCGAUCUCCAGUACCUGAAGAACUGCAACUAUUUGCAGAAGACACCCGACGGCGGCAAACUCGUAUAUCAAUUCUGA